AUGGGCGAGGACGCCGUUCCUGCCCCCGCCCCCACCACCGUCGGUCGCCCACGCCCCUGCUGGUCGCUUCGCCUCCAUGCCCUGCCUCGCCUCCGCCCCCUGCUGGUUACCUCCGCUGCCGGCCCCGCCCCCGCCUCCGCCCCGCCCCUUGAUGGUUGCUUCCACCUUGAGGCCAUGGGCGAGGUCACCUGCGGCGAGGUCGUGGGCAAGGUGAGCGGCCCGUGCUGGUUGCUUCGGCCGCCGGCCCCGCCCUCGUCCACCCCCUGCUGGUUGCUUCCGCCCGCCACCCGCCGCCCACCGCCCACCGGCCCCGCCCCUGCUGGUUUCUUCCGCCGCCGCCCACCGCCACCUGGUCGGAAGACCUAG